UUAGACGUAUCAAAAACAACAUUGAUUGCAGCUGCUCUUCAGAUCGAGUCUCAAAUGUCAGCGAUGUUGUACGGUUGGCGAGCCAGAUCGACGUUCUGUGGUUUCAAGGGUCUAUUACGACCACAACCCACAUCUCGGGUUUGUGAUCGCGUCGUUUCUUUUCCAACUCCGUGGUCCACAGGCGUCUGCACAAAGGCGGACUGACUGUACGAAAACAGGUCUACACCGUACCUUGGGCUUGCAGAAGGCAGAGCAGCAUGCCGUUAACGCGUUCUUCCAGUCCACUCGUGUGGAUCGACUGCGAGAUGACAGGUCUCGACCCCUCCACUGACCAGAUCCUCCAAAUCUGUUGCUUCAUCACCGACGCGCAACUUCAGCUCCUUGAACCCAAUGGCUUCGAAGCCGUCAUUCACCACCCCAAGUCUACUCUGGAUUCCAUGAACGAGUGGUGUAUCGACACUCACGGUCGUACUGGGCUUACAGCUGCUGUUCUCUCCUCCUCCACGACCCCUUCUGCCGCCGCAACCGAUCUACUCAGUUACAUCAAGAGAUACGUCCCGCAGCCGCGGACCGCAUUGCUGGCAGGAAACAGCGUUCACGCAGACCGAGCGUUUCUCUCCCGGGGUCCUUACGCGCAAGUUCUCGAAUGGCUCCAUUAUCGUAUCCUGGACGUGAGCGCGAUCAAGGAAGCGGCGCGACGCUGGGGAAGCGAUGAGUUGCUGAGCGACGUCCCGCCCAAAAAGGAAGUGCACCUGGCAAAAGAUGAUAUACUAGAGAGUAUCGAGGAGAUGAAAUUCUACAAGGAGAGGCUUUUUGGGCACAACUGAUGAGGUCGUGGCGUUGAUCAAUCAACUUGCUACCACCCCACCACCGUCCUUGAAGUUAUCAUUAGUGACCAGAAAAGGCUUUAAGCUCGACAUGUCUCUGUGAUACAGCUCGGGGUAUUUCAGUCCACGGGGAAAUUGGCUUCCUCGCCUUGUUUAAGAUUCCGCACCAGGUCUUGGAAGACCCACGACUAACUUAUGAUGAUGCGAGCAGUUGUUGACUGCUUCCAAGAAGGGAGUCCCGUCUGGAGUAAAAGCUGGGUUGGGAUUAUGUACUCUAUAUCAAUAUCGUCUGAUUCGGGAACUUGAUACCAGAGGUCCUCGCUCGGCGCAACCACGAUGAAACCUCGGGGCUGGACGGUACUGUGGCACAGGACGAGUAUGGCUCUUCUGAUUUGUAGCAAAGGACCUAGAAGCAAGCCGCUUUUUUUCGAGGGCGGCUUGGAGUGACCCCGCACU